ACGUGACCACAGCUCUUCACUCCCCCCUCACGUGACUGAUCACAUGAACGUCACGUCACCGAAGGUCCUUCUGCUCCCUAGGCUCCUGUUCCUGGUCUGUAGAGCUGACAUUCGUUGUUUCCUGUGGCGGAAGAUCCUGGAAGAGGAGGCAUCAUGUCUCGACAGACUAACCGAGGAACCGAGAGCAAGAAGAUGAAUUCUGAGCUCUUCAAUCUGACCUAUGGAUCCCUCGUUGCACAACUAUGCAAAGACUACGAAAAUGAUGACGAUGUCAAUAAACAGUUAGAAAAAAUGGGAUACAAUAUAGGUGUGAGGCUGAUCGAAGAUUUUUUGGCUCGGUCUAGUGUUGGGAGGUGCCAUGAUUUUCGAGAAACAGCUGAUGUUAUAGCUAAGGUGGCCUUCAAAAUGUAUUUGGGGAUCACACCUACUAUCACAAACUGGAGUCCUGCUGGAGAUGAGUUCUCUCUCAUUCUGGAAAAUAAUCCUCUUGUAGACUUUGUUGAGCUGCCUGAUAAUCAUUCCAACCUGAUCUAUUCCAAUAUGUUAUGUGGAGUUUUGCGAGGAGCGCUGGAAAUGGUACAAAUGGCAGUUGAUGUAAAGUUUGCUCAGGACACUUUAAAAGGCGACAGUGUCACAGAAAUUCGAAUGAAGUUUAUUCGAAGGAUUGAGGACAACUUACCUGCAGGAGAAGAGUGACCAAAGGACCAAAGUCUAUGCUGACCUUUUAGCAGUCUGGUCUGAUCGAAAGAUUUGUUUAUAGCCCUUGACAUCUUGGAGAGACUUAGUGAAUUCCACAUGAAAGUCUUAGACAAAAUUACUUGAUUCUUUAAGGUUAUGCUUUCUGGUUUGUUUUCUUAUAACACUUCAUUGUGAAAUUCUCCAGUAUUUAUUUUCUUUUAACACUCUAUCUGAACAUUCACUUUAUAGGCCUCUCGACACGUUUCUCCUACAGAUUGUUGCAGCACGUUCUGCAGAGUUGAAAGGUUGAUCAGAACUUCCAGUUUAUCAUAUUGAAAUAUGUUAUUUUGAAUUAUUCCUAAUCGUUUUAGCAGUCAGUAGUUUUUCUUACUAGAUACAGUUUAUCAGAUCUAUGGCGUCUCUUCCACUUUAGUUGUCCCCAUGUAGCUGUAUAAUUUCACUGUAAAAAAAAACAACAAAAUUUAAACAGAAACUCAGUUUUUUUUAAAUCAGUGAAUACAUUUCCCCUUGCAAGACUGAGCCUGUCUACCUCAGGACGCACCUGGAAGCUGAAUGAAUCUGGAUCAGCUCUAAUAAGUUUUAAUAAGUAACAGCUAUACCAUUAUUGAGAUGACAACAUGGCACCUAGUCUUGGCUCAUUUUGGCUGUCAUCCAGUCACAAUGAAUAUUCUCAGAAUAAUACUCCUUACUUGUCUUAUUGACUUGGAGCUUCCAACUGCUGUCAGCUUGGGAUGGAAGAAAGGUGGCUGCUCAGAGAGACAGAGAACGAUCUAGUUCUGCUGCUGAUUUUUAGAGCGAAUGCAUUGAUAUGUUAUACUUUUGUUGUUAGCUUGAGUUUUACAUACACAAUUGUGUAAAAUGUUUGGAAUAAAUACAUUGAAGAUGGUGUUUGUAAUUAGUUACCACAUAUCCAACUGUUUUUUGGUUCUUUAUAUAGUUCAUAAUAUAGUGUCUGUACCUGUG